AUAACAAAACUGUUUGUAUUUAGUAUUAUUUAAAAUUUAAAAAAAUCAAUUAACUAUUGUCUAUUGUCAUAAUUGGGCACUAAUUGUGUGCUAAAAAAAAUAAUCCUACAAUAGUUGAACAGGUGUUUUUUUAAAAAAAAUAAUUAUCUACCAGUGCUCUAUCUAACCACCCUCUCAGCUAACAGUCCUCUAUAAUAUUUAAGCUAGCUACAAAAAAAGUGCAUUAUUUUUAUAUAGCAACAAUUUGUUAUCAAGUUGUAAUCAACUCAUCAAAAAAAAAAUCAAACAAAUUUCAACAAUACUUAAUAUACAGUAUAUAUAAAUAGUUUAACUACAAAAAAAACAACUGGUGUUCCCCCCCAUAGAAAAACCUAACCAAACCAACCAAUCAACCAAACAAAAUGUCGGUCAACAAGGAGGUGGUCGACCGUAUUAGGUCGACAUUCCUGUCAAUGGCCAGCGAUUCGCCGGCCGACGACUAUCAUCCGAAAGAUAUGGAUCGGAUACGUCAAAAGGAUUGGCCAAUUGAACGAUUUGUAUUGACCACAAAAUCGGAAGAUCAGGCACUGGCCGGACUCGUAAAGGCAAUGAAAUGGCGUAAAUCCUAUGGUGUCAAUGAUUUCCGGGAUGACCAGUUUCCCGAAGAAAUGUAUCGAAUGGCCGAAUACAGUCAGUUUGGUCGCGACCGUGAAGGCCGUCGGAUAUUGUGGACACAGAUGUCACACCAUCAUCGGUGCGCUGACUGGAAUCAACUGUUGAAACAGUUUAUUGUCUAUCAGUAUGAACUGUUGGACAGAGAUCAGGAUCGGGAAGGCGGUUGGGCAGUGGUAGGCGAUCCUACCGGUGCUGGACUGGGGAACGUUGAAAUGGAUUUCAAUAAUUUUACUGUAGAUGUCCUACAAAGUUAUUACCCGAAAGGUCCGAAAUAUAUGCUAGUGGUUGACUUGCCGUGGGUUUUGACGGCUACGGCCAAACUGAUUAUGGCAUUCAUGAAUGAACAUCUCCGGCAAACGGUUAAGUUUAUCAAACGUGAUGAACUGGAUGCUUAUGUAUCACCGGAGUACAUACCUGUCCAUAUGAAAGGUGGCCAGUAUGAUAAGCCAUUGGUUCAGAUACCCGAGGGUGUCCGACCGUUGGACAAACACGAACAGUUUACGGCCGAYCAGAUCAAGAAAAUCUAUUCGACCUAUAAAUCGGAGCUCAAGUAGUUUUUUUACAAAAGUAAUAGUUGGGUAGGACUGGUCCGCCCCACCCCACCCCCACUUUUAUACUACCU